GUUCGCGUUGUGAUCGCGAGUCGUCGUCGGUGGGUAGAGGUGAAAAGAGUCGUCGAAGAAGUUAAUUUCGGUCGGUGAAGAAGACGUCGCCGAGGAGGGCCCCCCUCCCUACGUUGUAUUGUGUUACGAUAAGAAAAAAUUAAGUUGUAAAAGCGGAAUCGUCACGUUUGAACUGAUGACAGGGACGACGAUCGACAAGAGGCGCGUCGUGAAGUGACAAGAGGAUCGGGUUCGAGACGUGAAGAAGUGUUUUAUCAUCGACAUGUUCGGCGGUGGUGGCCCUUCGAGUUCCUCUUUUGAGGCGAAGGUGCUUAUGGCGAAAGGUAAACGAGCGACGGCCGCUUAUGUGCACGCCGAUUGUUCGGGUGCCACGAGCCCCAAACACCUGAACGAGGUGCUCGAUAACUUAUUAAAUCCGGCGAAGGCGAUCGACGAAUGGGACACGAUCGACUGGUGUAAGUGGUUGAUGGCAGGCGGAAGAACCCCCGAUGAAUUUUCAACGACAGUUCGUACUUAUGAUAAUCCAACAACGUGCGGAUUAGUUUGGACGCCGAAUUUUGUAGCAUACCGUUGCCGUACGUGCGGAAUAUCACCCUGUAUGUCACUUUGUACAGAGUGUUUCAAAAAGGGUAAUCAUCAACGUCACGAUUUCAACAUGUUUCUGAGUCAAGCCGGUGGCGCUUGCGAUUGCGGUGAUAUUUCGGUGAUGAAAGAGACGGGAUUUUGCGAUCGACACGGCCCCAAUAAAACGGCGAGUAAAGGGAAUGCCCCGCGGGAAUUAAUGUGCGUCGCUGAGGCGAUGAUGCCUCGGAUUAUUUUAAGAUUAAUUCAACAUUUAAGAGAAACGAGUAACGCGCCGGCGGAGACGCGGAGCCCCAUUCAAGACGCGGAUCGAUUUAUAACGAUGUUGAUCGAUUUUACGAAUAUGGGGGAUUUGAUGCGAAGGGUUAUGACCCAAGCUUUGACUAAUCCCCAAAUGUAUAGGGUGUUAAAUGAAGUUGGGGAGAACCCGGAUAGCGAGUACGGACAAUAUAUGGCGGAAUCUAAGCGAAUUUACGAAGACGCGUUGAGAACUUUACCCGUUCCUGAAGGAUCAGAUGAAAGGGGGAGCCCCUCGUUUCCGGAAGUGUUGCACAAAACGUUUUUAGAGGAGCUCGUUUUUUGGACUGUUAAGUUCGAAUUUCCACAGAAAGUGGUGUGUUUGUUGUUGAACAUUUUACCGGACGCUGAUUAUAAAGAGGCUUUAACCAAAGCUUUUGUUAUCCAUUAUAAUCGAAUUUCGAUGAUGCUUGAGAACUCAAACGACGUCGAUACUUUGAGUAAUCGUGUUGUUCAUGUUAGUGUACAAUUAUUUUCGAAUGAAAGUCUCGCGUUGAGGAUGACCGAACAAUUAAAUCUACUUCAUAUCAUGGUGGUUAGUUUAAAGUACAUGCUUGGGAAGAUACUUAUACAAAAUGUUUUACAUGAUCCAGACAAAAAUUUUCAUUACGUAGUAGAUUGCAGUCGAAAAUUAAUGAAAGAACAUUGUUAUUGGCCGCUCGUUUCCGACUUAAACAACGUCUUAUCGCACCGCCCGGUCGCUUUGAAGUUUUUAGCGGACGACGCCCUCGUCGAGAUGUGGUUCGCCUUCUUGUCGAUGUUCCAAGGGAUGAACGUGAACCACCGCGAAGUCCACCAACACAUCGAAUUCGAACCCAACAGUUAUUACGCCGCGUUUAGCGCGGAGCUAGAAGCGGCCGCUUAUCCGAUGUGGGCCCUCGUCUCGCACCUCACCGAUUCCACAACCGCACAUUUAUCACGAAAAUUAUUGACUGUGUGUUUGAAUUCAAUUUUGGAGUGGUUUGAAGCGAUCAAUUUUACAACUUCUAAUAUUGAGGACAGCUUACAAAUGUCGUUUCAUUUACCGCUUCACCGAUACUUCGCCGUCUUUUUAUGCCAAGCAGUUGCAAAACAAGGAGUGUCGUUAAACGAAGUUUUACCAUCAUCCGACGUGAUCCAUAUGUUGAUGAUGCACCCGCUUCGCGUUCAAGUAGCAUUCUAUGAAAUAGUAAACGGAUUAUGGGUUCGAAACGGCCUUCAAAUCAAAGGUCAAUCGAUGACUUACAUCCAAUGCAACUUUUGCAACUCAAUGGUCGACGCCGAUUUAUACCUAUUACAAAUUUGUUCAACCCGAAUACCAGCCGACACCUUUUUAAAAAUCUUAAUCGAAAAGUUCCACAUUAAAGAAUGGAUGAGUUUAGCCCCUUACCAAGCACCCCAAAAUUCAUUUUUCGACGGCGAACAAGACACGCCGAUGUUAGAAAGUUUUUUAACAUUUUUAGCAACUUUAGUUAGCGUCCGAACGAAUUUAGGCUUAUCAGAGACGGCUUUAAAUCGUUUAGAAAUGGUUACUUUGCUUUGUAUGGGUGAUAAAACCCACUCACAAUUAAUGGAGAUGAUGCCAGAACGGUGCGGAACAUCACAAAGCCGAGAUUUCGAAUCGUUAUUAGCUGAAGUUGCGAAUUACAAACCCCCGGCUUUAGAGUUAUGCGGAACGAUGCAACAAGGGCAAUAUUCGCCGAAAUCAAGCGUUUGGGAUAAACAUUUCGAUCCGAUUCAUGUUUUAUUAAGAGCUGUGCAUAGGAGAGAAUUUCAAACGUCAAUGGAUCGAUACACUGCUUAUGCUAAACAAAAAAAUAAAAUUAGAUCCGGUACGAAUCCUUGGCCGCCGUUUAGGACCCCAAAUCCAUGCAGCGAGGCUUAUAUUGACCCAAGAAAAAUUUUACGAUCAAGAGUAUUCCACGCGGUUGUUUUAGUCGUUUUAUACAAAGCCAUUAAAACGCAUAUAUCCGAGCACGUUUUGGCAUUGUUAAUUUUCCUUUUAGAACAAGCCAUAAAGGAGGGCGAUCCGGAGGAUAAUUCGUCGAAAAUGUGUACGAGCGGGCUUCAACCUCAACGCCAAAUGAACGAUAUGGACGUUGCGAAUUGGUUCGUUUCCGAUUCGUUAUCCGAAAAUUUAAGAACCGUGAUUGAGAGGGUUAUUUUAACCCCCGAACCGGAAGUAACCCCGUUAAAUUACAGUUCUGAUAGUGAUUUAGAAUGGGAUGGGGGUUCCGAACCCGACGCUGAAAUGAGCGACGAAGUCAUGGCGGAACCCCAUGGAAACGUUUUAAUGUUGGAGGAAGCUGAAUGGAGCCACACCCCAAGUAGUAGUAACUUAAUGGUGCUUAUGCCACCGAGUAGUAACUUAGAAGACGUCGCUUCUACACCGGGGAGUUCAACUCAAAGUCAAGUAUUAGCUUUACCCCCACCUUCAACUUCAACAUCCGGCGCUGCGGAAAAUAUGCAAGUUGCAGUCCCGGGGGAACGAAGCGUCGUUGGAGCCCCUUCCACCGCUUCUCAUUCGGUACCUUCGUUCGUAUCAGCAAUAACGAGAAGUGUAAGACCAGCCGUUUUGGCCGGAAACGAAGUGGGGAGAACCUCACAAAAUUGGCCCCACCGUUCAUCGACCAGCAAAGAAUUAAUUCCGUCCACAUCUUCUAGUCACCGCAAAUCGUAUCCAUACAGACGACGACAAAACGUUGAAAACGCCACCGUAAACCCCCCAACAGUUCGCGUCGACGAAAGCAUAAUCUCCCUCCUUUUAAAACUUCACUCGCAACUUUCCGGAUCGUUGGACAGCUUUCAUCCCGAAGAUGUCACCGAUGAAACGUUGGCGGGCGACGAAAAUAUGUACGGCGAUGGCCCCUUUUACGUUGCGAAGUUACUUAAACGAAUUUGGAAUUUGGACGAUGAUUGCAAACGGUUUAUUCAAGAGACGAAGGAAAGGUUAUGGCCGAAAUUGGAGGAAUGUGAGGAAAAUCCGCAAGAAACGAAAGAGGAUAGCGUUCGCGAGGAACGAAGAAGGCGGGCGAAAGAGCGCCAACAAAAAUUGAUGGCGGAGUUUGCCUCUAAACAGAAACAAUUUAUGGAGAAACAAAUGGAGGAAGAAGCGAGCGCGACAGAAAUGGAUUGGCAACCUGAAGGUGGCUUAAACGUCCAAGAAUAUGAUUGCGUGAUUUGUAAUCAAAGCACGCCUAGUACGGAGGAUAAACCAAUGGGAUUAGUCGUUUUGGUGCAAGCUACUAGUAUUAUUGGACAUAGAAGGAGGCAGUGUUACCCCGAAAGGGCCGUUUUACCAACUUGCGAAGAAGAAAAAGAUGGAUUAAGACGAGAUGACACGCUUAUAACCGAAUUUGAUAGGAGGGUGGAACAAUUAGGACAACAUUUCGACCCACAAUCUUGGUUAUUAUCAAUUAACGUUGGAUGGGAAGGUGGAGUUCACGUCCAAACUUGCGGACAUCACUUACAUUUAGACUGUUUAAAAUCUUAUUUACACUCGCUCCGAUCGCAACAAAGACAACAAAAUUUAUCCCCUGAAAAAGGUGAAUAUCACUGCCCGUUAUGCCGCCAAUUAGCGAAUUCGGUACUUCCCUUAUCCCCACAAUUGGGGGAUUGCACCCAAAUGGUGCGAUCGCGCCCCACGAGCAUGGAACAAGUCAUUAACGAGUUGAGCAGCGUUUUAGGGGAAACGCACCAAAAGCCGAACAAAUCGAAUUUGAGCGAGGCGAUGAGUCGAGCGAUGGAGGACAUGACGAAUAAUGCGCAAACCAAGCCGAUGUUUAAAAUACAAAAUCCGCAGUGUAGCAAUCAAAGUUUGUUUUUAUUUGUGACGUCGAUAGCGCGCACUAACCUCGAAAUUGCGUUGACUCAACGAUCGGGAACUUUGGUUACUACUGGUGAACCUUUGAAUCCUUUGUUACCUAAACGAGAUUGCAUAAUACCGUUACUGCACGUAUUAGCUUUACACGCACGAGUUUUAGCCUUGUGGCCAGCAUGGAUGAAUCUGCAACAAUUAUCCGGUUACCCUGCGACACCCACGAAUGCUUUAGCGGCCGUGGACCGAGAAGUUCCUUUGUUAUUACGCGAUCCCAUCGCUUUACUUUUACAGUUUGUUCUGUUGUUACCACUCCACGUCGAUCAAGUUUAUUUUACUACAAUAGUAAAAGUUGUAUAUAAUCUACUUUAUUAUCAAGCUGUAUGUCAAAUAUCAUGUGGUUUAACCGGUCCAGAACGAUUAAAAGCGUGCGAAGGAGCUUCAACGUCGCAUAUUGACUCAUUAGGGGCAGCUUUGCUCCUUAUUAAUGAGGUUCUUGGUGAAACUGAUUUGUAUACGAUUACUGAUGAUGGAGCGGCGUCUCAAGAACCCCAAGUGAACGUUAUUGCCCUCGAACAACAAAUACAAAAAUUAUGUUUGCCGUUUUUACGAGUAGCCACACUUUUACGUCAUCACAUCUACAACCAACCGCUUCCCGACAUCCGCGCCCCUCAAUCCGAAUACGUCCGUUUGGUUUAUUACUUAGAACUGGUGACGGAGGGUAUGGAUUGGGGUUGUUUUAACGCGGCGGUCGCUUUAAAUUGGUCCUCGGGCGCCCCGGAGCCAAUCCAUCGAAAAACCCCAAAAAUUUGGUGCUCACAAUACGCAGCUUUUAUCGCAAAAAGUCAAAUUGCAGCUCGCUCAUUUCUAAUUGAUCAACAUAUUAGUUGGCACGCGCCGAGGCUUUUAGAUUUACCUAGAGAGUACGAGAAAAUUUUUACUUAUUACCAUGAGAGGCCGUGCACUCAAUGCCAUUCGGUACCAAGCGAGACAAGCGUAUGUUUAUUAUGCGGAACGAUCGUUUGUUUAAAACAAAAUUGUUGCAAACAACAAAACGUUUGUGAGGCUGUGGCGCACUCGUUGGAAUGCGGAGCUGGAACUGGAAUUUUUUUGGUUGUUACAUCGACGUAUAUUAUCGUUAUUAGAGGACAAAGAGCUUGUUUAUGGGGGUCGUUGUAUUUGGAUGAUUUUGAAGAAGAAGAUCGGGAUUUAAAACGUGGAAAGCCGUUAUAUUUAAGUAGAGACCGUUAUAGAUUAUUGGAGCAACAAUGGUUGGCGCAUCGAUUCGAUCAUACGAAGAAGACGUGGGUGUGGCAUCGUAACGCGCUGUAAGAUGAUUAAAAAGCCGCCAAAUAAAAAGUCCUUUAAUUGCUGUCGUUAUAGGUAAAAGAUUUUGCUUCAACAAGAUAAAAAUUGCAUGUUUUCUUUUCUUCUUCGCAUCUAAAACGAAAGUGAACCAAAAGAAUUUAACAAAAAAACUACUAAAUAAUGAAUUUGAACGAACGAAAUAAAAGGUUUUUAGUUA